CUAGCUCUACACCGCAGUUACACUACUACGCUCUUACAAUACUUUCACAAAACCCCCUCAAAGCCUCAGCACUUCUGAGCAAAACCUCUACAGUCCCACAAAUAUGUCUUCCGCCACCACCGAGACGACUGUAUGUCAAGUCCGCCACAAAUGGGACUUCCUCGCCGUUGGCACCGACCGCAUUGCCCCCUUUGACCCAGACGAGCAAUGCACCAUUUGCCAAGAUUCUUGUGUAGUCACGGAAAACGAAAACCCUACUGUGCGCAUCAGGCAGUGUGGACACUUCUUCCACAAACUUUGCUUGACCGGCUGGCUGGACGAGAACCCAUCGUGCCCUAACUGUCGGAAAAAGUUGUUCAACGGCCGCACGGGUGAACAAAGGCGGGGUUUGGUGUCGGCCUUGUUCUCUAAUGCCGGCCCCCAGACUCCGCAGGGUUUUGUUGAGAUAUUGGAAGCUCUUCCAGAGAGCUUCAUCCUUGAGUUUCACAGUGAGUUUAUGGAUUUGGAGUUUGAGUUUGGGGAAAACGAUUCGGUGGAAGUGGAGGAAGGGGAACCAGUAGUGGAGAGAGAGGAACUGGACUUGGAGAGAGGGGAACCGGAACUGUUGGAGAGGGUCGAACUGGCAUUUGAGAGAUGGGGACUGGAGCUGGGGAGAGUGGGACAGGAAGUUGAGAGAUGGGGACGGGAGCUGGGGAGAGUGGGACUGAAUUUUGAGAGAUGGGGACUGGAGUUGGAGACAGAGGAACUGGAAUUGGACGGUGUCACAGUGGAAGUGGAGAGAGAAGGACUGGAAAUGGAGGAAGAGGAACUAGAAGAGGAUCAAGACGCUCCUCUGCUUCCCCUUCACCAAACACUCAUCGUCGAUAUUGCCAUGGCUGCCCCAAUCGACGGUCUUCCUACAGAGCUUUUUCUUGAAGUCACACGUUACCUUCGCCAUGGGGACCUUUUUCAAUUGAUGCAAGUAUGCAAGAAAUGCCACCAGAUUGUGGAACCAAUUCUCUGGACCAAAGUCGAGCUUCAUAGACCGUCGUAUCAUGAGGACUACGCGUAUCCCCAUUGGAAUACGGACGCCAGAUGCGAGGAGCGGCCUUAUAUGCAUCUAGCAGAGAUAGGGCCCACAGAUUAUCAUUAUCUCGACAGUCGUCAUGCAGACGUUGCGAGGGUCUUUCUCACGAGGUUUGAAAAUAUUGAGAAAGACGGGUCAGAACGAUUAAGACGCCUGGCUUCUCAGGUACGGUGGCUUUGCCUGCACGUGGAUCCGUAUGAGGAUGGCUACAUGAACCGCAAUUGCUGGAACGUCUUCAUGAUGUUCACCAAUCUGGAAUAUCUAGAAGUGGAUGCCGCGUGGGCCGCAUUGGAACCAUUUCACUCUGAUGCGCAGCCACUAGCUAAACUCCGCACUGUAAAACUUAGGGGGUAUGUUCCACGCGAAUUUGUCCAGUACUUAUGUCAACGACCGUCUCACAUCGUCGAUCUUGAGCUUGCUUUGCUGGAUAACCCAGUCGGUGGUACCUUGCCUUACAAACGGACGAACCCUCCACCCAAAGCAUUAAAACCUCCAGAGGACUAUGAAGGGAUGACUGAGGAAGAGAUCGGUGCUUUCGACGACGUGGAGGAAUUCGACGAGGAACAAAUAGCCCCUCGUCCGCUCUGCUGGAUGCCAGAAGGCUUAGGCUCUCAAUUUACCGUGUUAACGCGACUUUGGCUGUGUAAACCUGGCGAACCCGCCUUCGAUAUCGAUAGUUGGCAUAGUGCUUACUACUCGGCGCUCUCAGACAAGCGGGCAUUAGAAACCUGGGCCUCGAUCAUCCGUACCGCUAGGGCAACAAUUGUCUACCUCACCCUCGAGGAUCGUCUGUCAGUCGAAGAGAUCGAGGUGGAAAGUACAGACAGCGACGAAUUCAUGCAAUAUUAUAGCCAUGGACUCAGCUAUCACAGAUUUGUCGCAAUCGUUUUGCCUGUUCUGAUGGAAGAGGCGCAAUGGCCUUCACUCAAGCAGCUGCAACUGUAUGGGAUCGAAAUUCACGACUCGACACAUAGCCGCGAUAGGCAUCCACAUGUCGACAUAAGAAGCAAGCUACGGCAGAGACAUCCACAUGCUAAGGUAGAAACCUAUCUUGGAAGGAGAAUGACCUUCGAUCAUGCAACCGGGGAAGUCAACAUGUACCGAGGUGAUGGGAUUGGGUGGGAUGGUUUGGAUGAACAUGUAUGAUGGUGGUAAUCCAGCGGUCAUGAAGCAGAUGAGCUUAUUCUUCAAUUCAUGAAAGUCUAGUCUUCUCAUACACUUUCUCAACACCGACACAGAUGUUUUAGCGCAUAAUUAUUCUAAUAGAAUGGGUUUACAUCUUGUUCGACCAACAAUGUCGAUGUUAAUCCUAGAAGCAGUUACACGAGCUUC